UAGUUUCUUUUUUUACUAUUAAAUAGUAAUAUAUUUGUCCACAUAAAAAUACCGAGCUACCCGGACUUUUAUUUUGGCAGGUCGUCGGAAGAUGCUUAUUUUUUAGUGCGUUAGCUUCACUCAGUAAAAUGUUCUGAAAUAAACUCUCAGAGCAACUCUGGAGAUGAAGUUCAUGUGUUCAUGUCCUCGUUAAGUGCAGUUCAUUCACUCAGACACGCAGAACAGCCAGAUGGCAUGUGUAAAUAACAUGAUUCGGCAUCCACUAACGUUAGUCCGAAUCUAGUUUUAUAGACUCAAUGCAGCCGGAAAACAAGUUUCACUCGCAAAAUAGACUAAAACCAAGUAAAAUAGCAGUUCACCAUUUCAAUAAGCUAUCAGUUAUUUAUCAGCAUGAGAAAUACGUGUGAGCGUGUGAACAGACUAAAAUGCGUGUGUCUCACAGUGAAUGCGUGAGACUUGAGAGCCCUGUAACAUGAAUAGAGUUUAGCCAUCUGUGUGUCAGUAAUAACGGUCCGUGGGGAAACGCAGUGCUCCGUGUGUAGCCUACUAGAUGGAUUAAACGAGGCUUCGAGGCAACAAAAAUUGCCUCGAUGAUUUUUUGUAUUCGAAUAACUCGAGUUACUCGAGGAAUCGUUUCAGCCCUACUCUCAACGCAGAACCAUAAAUGUUCACGACGGCGUCGUCUACGUACGUAGGCUACUCCGUAUGUUACGGCGUAGGUCCUACGCAGAACCAUAAACUGACCUUAAGACGUGACGAUUACCUCCUACAGACGAACCUGACAGCUGCGUGCGUGUCCAGGAUUGUAUACAUGCGUGGCAAAGAGGACAAGAGCAAAAUAAGGGGUGGCAAUACCUAAACAUAUUUUCGCAGUUGCGUUGUCGGGAUUAGGAAUAUUAUAGAUGGCUAAUUAUUGAUCCCUGUAGUCUGGUUCAGAUCAUUUUUCUGAUCGGCAAAAAGGGGAAAAUCUUUUCAUUUAACUUUUGCCAGAGGGUUUAGGUGAUGAUUAUGAUGACGACUUCUUUCUUUAAACAAUAGUAAAGGAAUAAAUGGUGUUCAUAUAAAGUAUUUAAGGAAAAGGGGAAUUCUAUCCUUGAGGACUUGUACUUGUUGUUUCAAAGCAGUUUUACAAAGGUCACAAAAUAGUGCCUUAAAAACUCAUAGUCAUAGACUAUGUGAAAUGAUACAUUAUAAUCCUUCUCUCAGAUCUGUUUCCCAGCACAAUCCAAAUUUGUGCUAAUGUAGUCUUCUUCACUUUCUAGCAUGCACAAAGACAGUUCAACCCGGUCUCAUCAAUCUACGUAUAAAUAACACGAGUUUACGCUUUCCAACUGCGUGUAAUACUGUGUUUUCCUGAUGAAUAAAGCCAUUUUCAGAAUAGUAAUCGACUGGUGUCAAAGCCACAAACCAAACUUCUGUUGAAGAUUUUAUAGCCAAAAUAAUCCGUUAUAUGUAUAAACUUGUUCUACAAUUAUGUAUUUGAAUUAUCCUAUGCGAUGUAGUUUUCUAUGCCUGCAUGUAUGGAGGAUGGGAGAGGGUCUGCAGCUCACAUGAUUAUAAUCAGAUGUUGAAAAUCGAACAAGAUGCUAUAGAAUAGGCCUCCUGUUCCGACAUGUGCUUGUGACCAAAUUGGGCUAUAAGAGAAUAGACCCUUUCUUCCUACUUCCUAUGGUAAUUAAUAAUAGUGGCAUGUGCCUGAGAAGCCGAGUAUUUAAACUGGGCUGGAAGAAGAGAUGUUAGUUGUUCUGCAGGCAACUCGGCUUUAUGUCUUUGAUUGUAUCUUUGAUAUUAAAGUCUUCCUUUGGCAACGGAACUCACAGUUUUGAGAGUGAUUCUUAACAGCGAAAAAGAACCACAACACCUCCCACUCCGAUAUGAAAACAAAGGAGCGCGUGAACAAGACGCUCUAAUCUUUAAAUACGGAGGUAGCGAAAACAGCAACACAACUGAUUAAAACAAACACCGCAUUUGGAGCUCGAGAGAGGUCUUACAGACAGUUAAGUUAAAUAUGACAUGUCACAUGUAUGGGUACACCUUAGACGAAUUUCAAACAGCGUUUUUGUUCCUUUAAAGGGCACUUCACGAAUGGAAAAGUAGUUCCAGAUAGAGACAUUGUUUUUCAUUGCUCAAUUGGGCAAGUGUAUUUUAAACGGCCACAUUAAUAGCCCUUUUCCACCAAGGCAGUUUUGGUGCUGGUUCGGAGCCAGAGCCUAGUUCCAAAUCAGUUCUUUGUCUUUCAACAUGCAAAGCACCAGCUCUGAACCAGAAAAAGUGGUUCUUAUCAAGCACAGUAACGUUGCUGUGCUAGACCAGUGGAACCAGCUCCGAACCAGCACCUGGUUCAUUUUGGUGGAAAAGGGGUAUAUGACAAACAAUCGUGCUGCCCUCCAGAGUUCACAUGGCUUGUAACGUAAAUCAGCCAAUUAUUAUUGAGGACUGGAGGUGUCUGUUUUAUUUAUUUUAAAUAUUUACAUUCCAAUUAUUACUUACAUUCCAAUAUCAAUGUCCAAAUAUUAUAUUAAAAGGUAUUUGUUCUGUAAAAGAGUGUACUUGCAAUAUUAUAUCAUUACUUAAUCAGUGGCAUACAAUAUUUAUAAAAUGAUAAUGAUAUGGACUAUCGCAAUUAUUUCUGAUGCAAUUAAACGGCAAACAAACAGUUGCUAUCGUGACAGGCCUUACCUGUCAGUACAAUUGCUUGGAACCUGAUGUUCCGAAUAUGGUAUAUGGAUACAUUUCUGUCACACACUUGCAGUAUUCGACCAAUCACUACGCACUGGUGAACUGGCCAAUCAUAGCACACCUCUCUAUUCAGAGCCACGAGCUUUGUAAAAAAUCUGAGCGUUACAGAGAGGCGGGGCACAGAGGAGACACAAACAUGCACGGUAUGUGGAAAAUACAGUGUUUUUAAACCUUAAAUCGUGUUUACACAUUGCAUUACAUCUAAAACAACCGAUAAUAUUUGUUUCAGCUGGGUCAUAUGACCCCUUUAAAAUAAAACUGUAACCUCUGGCAUAUAUAAUGUGUAUUUGCAUGUUUUAAUCAUCGAUUAUUGGUUUUUAUUGAUUUUGGCAGAUCUGUUCCUACAAACUAUUCUGCAAUUGAAGGGGCUUCUUCAUCCAAAAGUAGGACCAACACAAAGUGUAAAAGCAAAUUCUGUGUGUACGUGUUGUGAAAAAUGGAGGUUGUUAAAGAGGAGAUUGAAGACAUAAAGGUUUCAGACCCAUGCAGAGUGAAAAAUGAAGAUACUGCGGAACAAACAGAUCUGUUGGAACUGAAAGAUGAAAGUGAUGACCUGAAUGGACUGGAGGAGACACAUCAGUAUCAGAAAACUCAUCAUUUCAAAACGGAAGAAAUAUCUUCUGGUUGCUCGGAGAUGAAAAAUACUUCUUCAAAAACAAGUCAAAGAAAAUCUUUCACUUGCCCUCAUUGUGAAGAAGGCUUUGCUUUGAAAACAGACUUUGAGCUGCACAUAAGCGGCCACUCUGGAGAAAAGAUGUUCACCUGCCCUCAGUGCGGAGAACAUUUCUCGUACAACAAACAAUUUCGAAACCACAUAAGAACUCACACUAAAGAGCGUCUACACCCAUGUCUUCAGUGUGGAAAGAGUUUUAGACGGAGUAGUGUGCUUAGUAACCACAUGAAAAUUCACACUGGAGAGCACCCGUACACGUGUCUUCAGUGUGGAAAGAGUUUUAGAGAAAGUGGUGCACUUAAUAAACACAAGAGAAUUCACACUGGAGAGUGCCCGUACACGUGUGUUCAGUGUGGCCAGAGUUUUAGACAAAAAGGUUCACUUAAUUCCCACAUGAAAAUUCACUCUGGAGAGCGCCCGUACCCGUGUGUUCAGUGUGGAAAAAGUUUUAGACAAAAAGGUGCGCUUAAUGCCCACAUGAGAAUUCACACUGGAGAGCGCCCAUACCCGUGUGUUCAGUGUGGAAAGAGUUUUAGACAGAGGGGUGCGCUUAAUGCCCACAUGAGAAUUCACACUGGAGAGCGCCCGUACCCGUGUGUUCAGUGUGGAAAGAGUUUUAGAAAAAGUGAUGCGCUUAAUGACCACAUGAGAAUUCACACUGGACAGCGCCCGUACCUGUGUCCUCAGUGUGGAAAGUGUUUUAGAAAAAGUGAUGCGCUUAAUGACCACAUGAGAAUUCACACCGGAGAGCGUCCGUACCCGUGUCCUCAGUGUGGAAAGAGUUUUAGACUGAGUGGUGCACUUAAUAUACACAUGAGAAUUCACACUGGAGAGCGUCCAUACCCGUGUGUUCAGUGUGGAAAGUGUUUUAGAAAAAGUGAUGUGCUCAAUGACCACAUGAGAAUUCACACUGGAGAGGGUCCAUACCCGUGUCCUCAGUGUGGAAAGUGUUUUAGAAAAAGUGAUGCGCUUAAUGAACACAUGAAAAUUCACACUGGAGAGGGUCCAUGCAUGUGUGUUCAGUGUGGAAAGAGUUUUAAAGAGAGUUGUACGCUUAAUAACCACAUGAGAAUUCACACUGGAGAGCGCCCAUACACGUGUGUUCAAUGUGGAAAGAGUUUUGGACAGAGUGGUGCACUUAAUGUUCACAUGAAAAUUCACACUGGAGAGCGCCCAUACGUGUGUGUUCAGUGUGGGAAAAGUUUUACAAGGAAUGAUAAGCUUAAUAACCACAUGAGAACUCAUUCUGGAGAGCGCCCGUACUCGUGUCCUCAGUGUGGGAAAAGUUUUACAAGGAAUGAUGCACUUAACAUCCACAUGAAAAAUCACUCUGGAGAGCGCACAUAUGCAUGUGCUCAAUGUGGAAAGAGUUUUACACGGGCAACAAGUCUAAAGGCCCACAUGAGAACUCACUCUAGAGAGACUCCAAACACAACUUCGGUGUAGGAUAGUCGGUUGGUCUAAUUAUAGGAUUUUGGGAGACGUGUGUCAUGUUCUUAAAUGAUCUGCCUGGAAACAACACGGGUGAACAUAGACUCAUUCAUGAGUGCACACCGGUCUUGUACUGUGAGGACAUUCCUAAAUAUGACACGCCACAAAACGAAAAGUGAGCAGUUGCUUUACCCGUCAGUCAUUUGGCCUCUUGGGCGGUUCUUGGCCAUUCAAAUUUAUAUGCCAACGAAGUAGAAAACGGAAAAGUUAUCAAAGUUUCAUGUACACACCUAGUUUUCUUCAUUGAAUUAUACUUUUGUGCUGCUACAUGGUUGUUUUAAUGCUAAAUUUUUGCUUCAUCAUAUGGCAUUUUGUAUUCUCUGUCGUCUUGUAAGGAUCAAUAAAAAACAUGUACAUAUACCUUGUUUUAAGUCAAUUUUGCUUUUUAAUGCCUUUUGUAGGCGUGUAUGUUUGGUUAAAGUUUGGUUUAUGUAAAUAAUAUGUAUCCGCUGGUCGUAGUGGUGCAGUAAAUCAACUUUAAGGCUGGAGAAAC